AUGGUUGGCACUCUAAAAGCCGACGACAUGGAAACCGACGACGCAAAAAGUGGUGGUGUCGACGAAACGACGACGACGAUCGAGAAGAACGAAGAAGAAGAAGAAGAAGAACGAGAAGAACAAGAGGAGGAAAAAGUCGACCACAAAGUCCAACUUCGAAAACUUUCCCGAGCGUACGAGGUGGCCAAAGGUGCUCGCGAUUCUUCGCGCCAAGAAAAGGCGGCCGAAUCGAUCGCGAAGGAGAUGCGGACGAUUUUAUGCGAGAACAACAUGGUUGGAUGCUACGAAUACUUUUGCGAGAAGCUUUCCUGGCCAGUAGACGCGAAGGAGUUGAAGCGAAUGCAAACGUUUGAAACGGAAACGAUGACGAAGAUCGAAUCGAAUUUGAAAGACGCGAAGGAGAACUUGGGCGACGACGACGUGCAAUCGGCGUUGCGUGAAAUGGGGGAUAAAUACGCACAGAUGGGAUAUAAGGAGAAGUGCGUGGAGGCGUACGAGAAGUGCAAGGAAACGAACGCGACGAUUGGACAGAAGAUGGAGAUUGAGUUCAGCAAAGCGAGAGUCGGUUUGUUUUGGGAGGACCUCGGGAUGUGGAAGAAGAGCAUCGAGGAGAUUAAAAAGUUGUUAGAGAUGCCGGGAGGCGCGGAUUGGGAGAGAAAGAAUCGCUUGAAAGUGUACGAGGGGCUGUGGAUGUGCGCGUCGAGAGAUUUUAAAUCUGCGUCUACGUUGUUUUUGGAAAGUUUGAGCACGUUUGGAGCGUACGAGUUGAUGUCGUACGACGAGUUUGUGUUUCAUUGCGCGGUGACUGGAGUGGUGACAUUGCCGAGAGUGGAGUUGAACGAGAAGGUGGUGAUGGCGCCGGAGAUUAUUCGAGCGAGUUUAAGCACGCCGGGGUUGCCGGAUUUUUUGAAUUCGUUGCAACGGUGCGAGUACGCGAAGUUUGCCGAGGCGUUUCCGUUGGUUGGAGACGCGGUUGAUUUGUCGCCGUGGUUGUCGCCGCAUAGUCGCUAUUUUAGUCGAGAGUGUAGAGUCAGAGCGUACGCGCAGUACUUGCAAAGUUAUCGAUCGGUGAGCGUGCCGAGCAUGGCGCAAGCUUUUGGGGUGAGCGUAGAAUUUUUGGACGAAGAGUUGAGUAGGUUCAUCGUUAGCGGUAGGUUGAAUUGUACAAUCGACGCCGUGGAAGGGGUAUUGAGGACGAAUAGGCCGGAUAAGAAGAACGCGUUGUAUCAACAGUUCGUGAAGGAUGGCGACGCGUUGUUGAAUAGAAUUCAAAAAUUGUCCAGGGUGAUUGAUUUGUAG